UUCUUUAUUCUUCUCUUUAUAGUUUAUACACAUUUCUCAUUUUUCAGACCCUCAAAAGAUAUGGGUCUCAUCCUAAUCCCACUCUCUUUAAUAUUCCUCAGCUUAACUUACAACCUCUUCCAACGGUUUAGGUACAAACUACCACCCGGUCCGAAGCCUUUACCGGUUCUCGGUAAUGUAUACGACAUUAAACCCGUCCGGUUUAGGUGCUUCCACGACUGGGCCCAAACCUACGGCCCAAUACUCUCCUUCAAGCUUGGGCCCGAACUAAACGUCGUCGUAUCCAGUGCCGAGUUUGCUAAGCAAGUGUUAAAAGAGCAUGAUCAAAACUUAGCUGAUAGACAUAGAAAACCAACAGCUAGAUUUACCAAAGAUGGUAAAGACCUUAUUUGGGCCGAUUAUGGGCCUCAAUAUGUUAAGGUUAGGAAGGUUAGUAAUUUAGCAUUGUUUACCCCGAAAAAGCUUGAGGCCCUUAAACCCAUUAGAGAAGAUGAGGCCACCGCCAUGAUCGAAUCACUCUUCCACGAUUGUACUAAUCCCGAAAACAAAGGGAAAACGGUCAACAUAAGGGGGCACGCAGGAAUAAUGUCAUUCAACAACAUCACAAGGUUAACUUUCGGGAAAAGGUUUGUGAACUCCAAAGGUGAGUUAGACACCAUUGGUAAGGAACUUAAGGGUGUAUUAUCGGGCCGAAAAGCGAAAAUUAACAAAGCAAACAUCUUGAUCGAUAACCUUCCAUGGCUACAAUGGUUAUUGUCACCUCUCAAUAAAAAGGAUAAAGAAGAAGCCACAAUGCUCAACGAUCGUUUGGAUCAAUUUAUUAGAGAAAUUAUUGGGGAACAUGCUAUUGCCAAGUCUAAAAAUAUUGGUGGAACUAACGUACAACACUUUGUUGAUUCUUUGCUCACUUUAAAAGAUAAAUAUGAUCUUGGUGAAGACACUUUAUUUGGUCUUCUUUGGGAUAUGAUUGUUGCAGGCGUAGAUACGGUCGCUAUUUCUGUUGAAUGGGCUUUGGCAGAGUUAAUACGAAAUCCAAGAGUACAAAAGAAAGCCCAAGAAGAGUUGGACCGGGUUAUCGGGUCUGAACGGAUCAUGACCGAAGAAGACUUUCCAAACCUACCAUAUUUAAAAGCAAUAGUCAAGGAGGCCCUAAGGCUUCAUCCUCCAACCCCUUUAAUGAUACCCCAUAAGGCCAAAACCCAUGUCAAGAUUGGUGGUUAUGAUAUCCCUAAGGGGUCCAUUGUUCAUGUAAAUGCAUGGGCCUUGGGCCGUGACCCGAAUGUUUGGGGUGAUGUGAAUGAGUUUCGACCCGAACGGUUUUUCGAGGAGGAUGUUGAUAUGAAGGGUCAUGAUUUUCGGUUAUUACCGUUUGGGGCGGGUAGACGGAUAUGCCCUGGAGCGCAAGUGGGUAUAAACUUGGUUACAUCAAACAUGGGUCAUCUUUUGCACCAUUUUGAAUGGUACCCACCAAAUGGGGUUAAGUUUGAGGAAAUUGACAUGAGGGAAAAUCCAGGAAUUGUUACUUACAUGAAAACUCCUUUACAAGCUGUUAUAGUUCCGAGGUUGCCUACAAGCUUGUACAAACGUGUACCCUCUGACAUGUAAUUGCUUAAGCAUUUUUAUAGACAUUUUGUGUAAACGAUGGAUGUUUUAGGAGUUUUCCUCGUCCUAAAGUUUUAAAGAACAUAAAUUGAU